AUGGAGUCCGAAACACUCGAGCAAAUGCAAGCUCGGCAUCGCAAGGAGCAGAGAGACCUUGUGUCACGCAUCACAAACAAGAAGAAGAAUGCGACCAAGAAGACCCGCAAAGGAGUCAACGAUGAAUGCGCCCAACUGGAACUCGAACUGAAGGCGAGACAGGAGGAUGAGCUCAGGCAGCUGCAAGGAGGCGGCGGCGCCGACGAUAACGACGAGCAGGCCCAAGAGCCCGAGGAGGAUGAGCAAAAUGCCGGAGAAUCAACAGUCAACGAUGUGACCGAGCAGCUACAGAAGACCACAGUCUCUGACCAGUCGAGUAAAACAAGUUCCCCUCCUUCGGUGGAACAGUCCUCGGGCGGCGGAGAGAAAAAACGAAAUCGUCAGAAAGAGCGUCUCGCACGUCGCCAAGCAGAAAUCGAAGCUGCUGCUGCAGCAGCCGAGAAAGAGGCCUCGAGCAUGGUGGAUCACCGCGGUAUCGAGAAGGCAUACAUGUCGCGCGAAUUCAAGGCACAUUCUUUGGAUGAGAAGGAUAUCGAGCCCGAUGGACACUGUCUCUUCUCCGCGGUGGCAGACCAGCUUGCCGUCCACGGACUCCCGGUAGAUGGUCUCUUGUCUAAGAGCAAGAGAACGCAAACACAAGAGAAGCUUCCGCCAUAUAGGGUCGUGCGUCAUACGGCGGUUGACUACAUGGAGAAACACGCGGACGAUUUUGCGCCUUUUCUCGAGGAGCCCUUCGACACCUACGUGGCCAAGAUACGGGAUACAGCAGAGUGGGGUGGACAGCUGGAGCUGACGGCACUGGCAAACGCGUAUAACGUGGAGAUCAGGGUGGUGCAGGACGGUAGGACCGAGGUGAUACAGCCCAACGCUGUCGCAAAUGGGGAGAGCAAUGCGGACAAGGAGGAGCUGAAGGUCCUGUGGUUGGCGUACUAUCGCCAUGGAUAUGGCCUCGGAGAACAUUACAAUUCGCUGCGCAAAGCAAGCGCAUGA